AUGCUUUCGCGGAUUCGUGGUGCAAUCGAUGCCCGGAUUGCAGAAGAGCAAGCUCGUCAGCGAGCUACCCAGGAGUCCGUUUCCCGCUCCAAUUCCGCCCGUCGCGCAAACCGUUCUCCGGCCAGGCGCCCCAGUACAAGAGUGAAACGAGGAAACAGUUUUCUUACUAAGAGCCCUGACCCGUCAGAAUUUGAUGCGGAAUUUGUAGUCGGCGAUGACGAUUCAUCAACAAGGACCAGCACACCACUCCCAGAAAUGGAGAAGAGUACUGAAGGGGGGGAGCCGGAUAACUCCGAGUCUGUGAGGGCUACGCCGCCUCCAUCGGAAAGGCCCACGGGGCAAACUCCGAGUGAAAUGCCAAUGGACUUAACCCUCAAGGGAGACAUGGUGGUCGAUGAGUUGAAAAGGGUUACUGCGGACCGGGACGAGUUCAAGAAGAAACUCGAAGCUGCAGAGGCAUCCACACGGGAGGCAUGGGAUGAGGUCGCCAACUUAAAGCGAUCCCAGCCAAUUGAAGAGAGUACGAGUACUUCAGAUGGGGAACCUGUAGUGGCAAAAGAACUCCCAAGUCUCCAAACAACAUCGUCCACUGGAGAAAAUUCACUUGAGGAUUCCCAAAAAUCCCCUACAACCUCGAUCACAUCGCGUGCCGCCUCCAUUCGUGGUUUAUUUUCGCCAAAAGCGAAACCGAUAAAAUCUCCACCCCCACAAGAAGAAAAUGAAGAAUUCUUCUCCUUCGAAAAUGAGAUUCCGAAAUUAGAGUCUGAACUGAAAGAAAAGGAAAAUGAAAUUGAGUCACUCAAGGCUCAAGUCAAAGGUUUGACUAGAGAUCUCUCUGUAGCUCGAGAGUCUACUGAAGGGAUGGUUCAUAGUUUGGAAACUGCAACGCGCGAAGUUUCCGAACUGCGGGACAAGAACGAUCGCCUCGAUGCUAGCUUCAAAGCCGAGCGCCAUGAUUUGCGCGAACAGAUUAUAUCCCUGGAAUCGAGGUUGAGGUCGACGGAAUCCGAGUUGGUGAGAAGCUUUGCGGAGAUGGAUAGUAUCAGAUCCAGACUGGAAACAAAAACAAAUGAGUUGCAGGAAAUCAAGGACACUGCUGAGUCUCAGCAAACGGAAAUCGAUGGUCAGAAAUCUUCGGAUCAGAAACGUUUUGAUGUUCUUCAAGGUGUUGUGACAAAUUUGAAAUCGCAGCUGAAGGAUGCUGAAUCCACGAUACAGUCCUUAAAACAUGAUUUGUCGUCGAGCGAAACGAAAGCGAAAAAAGCCCAGGACAUUGUUGAUUUCGUGGACAGUGGUUUGGAUGGGAAUGAAAAUUGGAAACAGGCCAAAGAACUCGUCCUGAAUGGCCGUCCGGCGGACUUCCAAGACGUUCGAAUGGCUUUGACUCCCCAGGAACAACAAAAGGCUCUCCCCACUACAUCUGCCAACAAUGUUAGCCUCGUGGCUAACGGCGGAAAGAAGAAGAACAAGAAGAAAAAGAAGGGCGGCAAAGCAGAUCCAGAGAAGGAAGCAGCAGCAUCAACGGCUCCGGAACAAAUUUCCCUGGAUGGUUCCCCUAAUGACGCAAUUCGUGACUUAGAGACCACAGUGAAUACUCUCAGCGCCGAAUUGACUGAAAAGAGUGCCGCGAUUGACCGUCUCCAUGCCAAGCUCAAAGGGGAAGAAAAUCUUUGCGAAGAAAUUGAGUCGCUACGAGAGGAUCUUAUGAAUAUUGGACAGGAUCAUGUGGAGGCAAAAGAUAGGGUCAAAGAGUUAGUUGCAGAAAAAGUUGCACUUGAAAAGACCAUCGCAGGCCUUGAGGAAGAAAUAGUGACUUUGAAAGCGAACUCCGCUUCAGCCACUGACGCUGAAAAGGCACACAAGGACUUGAUGACUGAGUUUCAGGACCUUAAAACUAAAGCUGUGGCACUAGAAACCGAUCUCUCGGUUGCUCAGCAACUGGCCGCGUCCCGGUUCAAAGAUCUCACUGAUCUGCGCCAGGCUCUGCAAAAAGUUCAGCCUGAAUUAAGGAACCUUCGGCAGGAAUCUGUGGACCUUAAGACUACCAGAGAGGAGUUAAAGGCCAAAACUUCGGAACUCGUCCGGUUGGAAAGGAAGCAAGAGGAUCUGCGCAUGGAAGUAAAAGAUCUCAAAGUCACGAUCGGCGAGAAAGAUGCCGAAGUCAAGACCCUCAAUCAGAAGAUUACUCAGGAAACCAAUAGUCGUCUAGAAGCUGAACGGGCGUUGGGGGUUGCACAAUCGGACCUUCGUUACUCAGAAGGUCAAAAACAGGAAGCAAUUGAAAAGAAUGAGCACAGUUCCAAAAACUUGCUUAGGACACAGGAGGAACUUCGAUCCGCCAACGCGAAGUUGCGAGAACUCGAGGAACAGAUAUCGAAAUUGAACCGAGAAGUCGGAGGCUUACACGAUGAGAUUCAACUCAAAGCAGCACAGCAUGCAAGCGCCCAAAGCUUGAUGAACAGCAUGCGCGACCAAACCUCCGAGAUGGCAAUGCAAAUUAAAGAGGUACGCGAACGCUGCGAGAGCCUGGAGGAAGAGCUUGCAGACGCCCAGCGACUUUUAUCUGAGCGGACGAGGGAAGGUGAGACUAUGCGACGGUUACUCUCAGAAGUUGAGCUGAGAGCGGAGCAUAAGGUCAGAGACUUUAAGGAGCGACUAGAAACUGCCAUUGAGGAGCGCGAUAGGGCGGAGGAUGAAGCAAACAUCGUUGGCCGAAGGCGCGCGAGGGAAAUGGAAGAGCUCAAAACAAAAGUACGAGAUGCAGAGCGCGAACUGCGCAGGGCGGAGGAAGAUAGGGAAGAACUUGACCAUGCCCAAAAAGAAUGGAAACGACGACGAGAGGAGCUUGAAACAGAGACAGAGCGGUCAAGGCAGGAACUCGCUGAUGUGAAAGCGGCCAUGUCCCAACUGCGCGAUGCACUGGAUGAAAGUGAGAGGCAGACGCGAGAAUUCGACAAGGAACGGUCCGAGCUACGGCGAUCGAUUGAAGAAACCAAUCAGCAUCUUGAAAAACUGAAAAGAACCAACAAAACGUUGUCUGAAGAAUUGAAAUCGAUCCAGUCUGGAAAAGGACGCAUUGAGUCCGGCAAUCGUACACCUCGUUCGUCGAUUGAUUCGGGAAUGCUUCGCGGUGUAACUUCACCGUCAUCCAGAACACGGAAUCCAUCUCGAGCGCGUAACGAGACCCCAACAGGGCCAGGAGCGGGAUCGAUUGACCAUGUAUAUCUGAAAAAUGUUCUCUUGCAGUUUCUCGAACAAAAAGACAAGCAUUAUCAGAAGCAACUCAUCCCUGUCUUGGGGAUGUUGCUACAUUUCGACGCCAACGAUGAACAGAGAUGGAUGUCUGCUAUUUCGUCGAAGUAA